AUGCCGAGCAGUCAGACCACCGGCCAGCCGCAGCAGCAGCCACAGCAGCAGGCCUCCUUGGCGGCUGCGGCGGCGGUGGCGGUGGCAAGUGAAUUUGUAGCACCGCAGCCGCCGCCGCAGCCGCCGCCGCCCGCGCAGCCGCAGCCGCAGCAGCUCACGACCACCACCACCACCGCCGCUGCCGCCGCCACGACGAAAACGACGAAGAGUAAUAGUGAUGGUAAUCCCACCGCCACCGCCGCGGCGGCCGCGGCGGUGGUGGAACAUGCCCAUCUGCGUCCGCAUGGGCCACUGUCCCGUCCGUCUGUCGCGUUGUCGGAGGAGAUCAUGUCGCUCUACCAGCUUAUCAACAGCAAGUACAGCGAGGAACGGCGGCGGCGGCAGCCGGGCCCAAAGUACAACGACGGCUAUGAUGAUAGGCAUGGCCACUACCUCGUCUUCACCGGCGAGGUGAUCUGGGGACGCUACACUGUGCAGGGGGUGCUUGGUCGUGGUAGCUUCGGCACGGUUCUGAAGUGCUUUGAUGAGAAGCAUCAGGAGCAGGUGGCGGCGAAGGUGAUUCGCAACGGGGAGUACUUCUACAAUCAAGGCCUCAUGGAAGUGGACAUCGUGGCGCGGCUGAACAGCCUGCCUAUCCUUGAAAACCUUGUUGUGCGUCUCGGAAAGGUCUUUGUUUGGAAGGGACACCUGGUUCUGGUGUUUGAGAUGCUGAGCAUGAACCUGUUCCAGCUCAUUCAACGCACGAACCACAACGGGGUGAGCCUGGACCUCACUAGAAAGUUUGCCUACCAGUUGAUGUUGGUGUUAAGGCAGUUGGAGCAGCAUAACCCGCCAAUUAUUCACUGUGAUGUGAAGCCGGAGAAUGUCGUGCUGCGGGACCCAAGUCGCAGCUCCAUUCGCCUGAUCGACUUUGGAAGCGCCUGCUACCUGCACCAGGGAGCAAAGCUGUACAAGUACGUGCAGUCGCGGUUUUACCGCAGCGUGGAGGUGAUCCUGGAGCUGGGCUACGACACCGCCAUUGACCGCUGGUCCCUUGCCUGCAUGUUGGUGGAGCUGCACACCGGUGUCCCGCUCUUCGCUGGAAAGAACGAGUCUGACCAGCUCGCCCGCUUCAUCGGGGUGCUGGGGCCGCUGCCCGAUGACAUGAUUGAGCGGAGCGCAAAGAAGGACGUCUUUUUCCUCGACUCCCGGCAGUCGCAGCGGGGGGCCCUCCCGCAGCAGGCCACGGGGAGGGGGCGAAGUCCCGUCAUGACGGCGUCAACGCAGCAGCGGGAACAUGUCGCCUCCCCGUCUCCGGUGAUUGCGGCGGAGGUGCUGAACAGCCUCUCCGCGACGUCCUCCAUCUCCGCCGUCACCGCCGCCUCCACGGCCCCGGCGUGGUCCUACACCGACAACGCGGCCGCCGCCACCACAAUCUUUGGAGCUCCGCCUCCCCAGCAGCAGCAGCAGGAGCAGCAGGCAUUGGCCGCGGAAGCGGGAGGGGCGGCAACGGCAACGGCGGCGGAGGGGCGGCAGGGGUGUCGAACUUCCUUGUCCGGCGGCGGCGGCGGCGGCGGCAAUGCCUGUGCCACCGGCGCGAGCAACAAUAAUAGUGGCGGCAAUCCCGUGGCUGUGCCUGCGCUGCGACGCCCCGGCACGACGACCCACGCGAUGUCGUCGUCGUCGCCCAAGAGGGAUGGCGUAGGGCACACGGCGAUGGCAGGCGGCGGGCCGCUCACGCCCACCGCCGUGCGAAGGUGCAAGCACACCACGCCCAGGAAUCCAUCGCAGCAGAAGGCGCUGCUCGGCGCGACUGCCUCCACGACCGUUCCGGUGGCGACAUUCCCGACGCGGACCGCAUUGGGGCUGCGGCCGGCCACCCUCACGUCAAGGCCCCGACCGACGUCCAUGAGCCAUCUGGCCGUGCACAACAGCGAGGGGUCGUUGUCCGCCGCUGCUGGGGGUGGCCGUGGCGGCAUGCAGCAGACGAAGGCGGCAGCAGAGCAACAGCAGCAACAGCAGCAACAGCAACCACAAGUAAGCGCCUCACCGCCAAAGAGCCCGUUUGUGCUCCGCUGCCCGCCGACUCCCGAGCAGUGCCAAAGUCUUGAGGAAAUCAUUGGGGUGUACUCGGGUGGACCGCGCGGCUGCCGUCGGGGGCAGGCGGGACACGGUGUAGAUGACUACAAGGUGUUUUUGGAUUUCGUCCGGCGUUUGCUUUGCUACGACCCACGGAAACGCAUGACUUGCACAGAGGCCUUAGAACACCCUUUUCUUUCAGAGUUAGAGGCGCAGAAGCAGUGGAAGUACCUGAGUGGACGGGCACCGUAG